AUGUCUGAUCAGGAUUCAGAUUCAGAUUCCAGCUAUACAUCUGAUACAUCUGGACAAACUGGGCACACGACCGGGACUACCAGCAUGGCCCCCAAAGCGGAGUCUUCUCGCGGUGCUCGUGCUACCCAGCUGCGUCUAUUGAAAGAACGUCUGGAGGAAGUCAAAGAGCUACGCGAGAUCAUUGACCUACAGAAGCAGCUUGCAAAGGAAGAAAAGCUACUCUAA